GUCUGGAGUAUAAUCACUGCUACACUGAAGUCUGCUGCAAGGGGAAUAAAUGUGAUGGCAAACAGGUAAUUGUUGUGUUGCUUUUUCCACAAUGACUCCACAGUUAAACUCAGGUGAGGGUAAUAUUACAAAAUCGUUUAAAAUUCAUAUGUGUCCUCAAGAUGAUUUGGGAAAUGCUAUUCAUAUUUGUGGUCUGAGAUGAUAUGGAAAGGAGUUAUAUGUUCUCUUUGUGAAAGACUUGAGAAAUCAGGUUCAGAACUGAUCUGCAUAUGUCUCAGGGUGAUAGCAGCUGCACCUCAAACUGAGAUACUAAAGUGGAAGAGUGUGAUAAUAUCUCAAUUAGGUGAGACCACUCCUAACUCUUGUGCUUCAUCCAUGGUGAAGAAGCAAAAUCUUGUGCUGAGGAAUGUGAAUUACCCCAGUUCACACUGGAAAUGCUUUCUGUCGGCAUACUUUAUCGUACUGCUUUAUAUAACAAUAUUUUUCUCUGAACUUCACAAAAUCAGAGUCAGAGGUACUGUAAGGGACCUCUGGAGACCCAGUUCAAUCCCAACUACCAAUGCAGAUUCCCUAAGGUAGGUUCACACUGGGAUCUGGCUCUUUCCCAUUGAAUUCAGUGGGAUUUCGCUUCAGCUGUGCAUCUAAUUGUACCUUUUUGGGUAGCCUUGAGAAGACACAUAAGUUCAAUCUUGAUUGUUCUUAUGGAUAGCUGGAGCUUCGUAAACAUUGGUGGAGACCAGAAUUUAAGGACUUAGACUAAUUUGUAAUAAAAGAAAAGAAAAUUGAAUGAUGUAUUAUGUAUUUCCUACAUUUUCCUUAAUAUUUAUCCUGAUGACUGAGACAUACACUGGAGGACAAACUCUGUUGUGAUUGAAUGGUGGCACUCUAAUAAAUUUGGCCCAUGACCCUAUAAGAUGAGAGAAACUUGUAUGACAGAACAUGCAUGUCAGAAGAUAAGGAAACAGUAAUAAACAGUCAGGAAAAGGCACUUAUUCAGUUGGAAGAAUUUGCAUUCAGGACAUACUUGUUGGUAAAUAAUUUCAUGCACAAAGGAUGUCUGUAGUCCUCAGGCCAUCCAAGGUGCAGUAUAAAAGCUAGCUCAACCCGCAGUCCCUCUUACCACUUCUCUUCCCUCUUUCUCUUUUGUGAACAAGGUUAGUUGAGAUAAACUUUUCUUUUUCUAUUUGCUGAAUUCUUAUCUUCCUAGUAAUUUGAUUAUUAUAUUUUUUCAUCUGUUUUGCUAGUUGUUGGAUUGGGGUGGGGGUGGGGGACAAUUGUUGGUGCUUCUUUUAUCAAGUGUUAUUUCACUGUUUGAGUUGCAGGGAUUUCUGGAUUUCUGGCCAUAUAGUACUUUGAAAUGCUAAUAUAUAUGUAUAUUUCUAUAUCAAUAUAUGUAUAUUUAUUCAAAUGUGGGCUUUCAGGUAUACUAAGUGACCUGAAAAAUCACAACAAUACUAAUAAUACUAGAGAUUAAUAAAAUGAAUAUGUAGAAUGCAUCAAGCUGUGUGUCUAGUUAUCUUUCAAGGAGAAAAGUGCAUUUUCCAUCUUCAAGAGCAUGAUUCAUCUCCUGUAAUGCUUCACCUAGAUUGAAAUGAAGAGAAAACAGUGGUGUUUGUAACGAAUGUGAAUAUAUUUAUCUUCAUAAAUGUCCAGAAAAAAAAGAGUUAUGUGCUGUUUAUGCUAUGGGAGUCUUCUUCAGUGCUCCCAUUUUCAUUAUGAUGAGUCCACUGGUGGGUGCAGUGGGAAACAAGAGGGUAAAGGAACCAGAAACUCAAAGAAAUCGUUGGAGAGGAAGGUUUAAAGCAGUUUUGUGGGUCUUCAGUUAUGUUGAACUGUAAGUUUUUGAGAUCUAAAUACUACUUUUUGAAUGAGGAAAGAAAGAAGCUGCAUACUGAGUUAAGAAGUAAUCACACAGGGUUCAAUGUGAAUAGUGGCUCUAAGCCCAUAUCUUCAACCUUCUUCUGCUAUAGUAGUCACCGUGGACUUCAAUAUGACAGAUAUCAUAAAAAUAUUCUAACUGCCUGGGUUUUGAAAUUACAGCAUGCAGAUAUCUCCAUAACAACAGUGCCUUUAAUACCUGAGGUAUGUAUUCCAGACAUACAACCAAUCAAAAGUAUAAGUAUAGGUCAUGAAAGAGGUACAUAUCAUUUUGUUCUGCUGACAGCUCUUCGAUUGGAUCACCAAUGACUGAGAAAGGACAAUUUCAGUUUCUAUCUUCUUGAAGUAAAGAAGUUAUUUUCCUUCCUCACUUGAUUCUUGGAAAGUCACAAGGAAAACUCCUGCGGUCCUGGUACCUGAACUGAGUAAGCAUAACUGCAAUAUGAUUCCUAUACUGCUCUCACUUCUGGUCCUGUAUUUCAGGUCCACCUCCAUCCAUAGACAUGUCGUGCUACGAGAGAUGUCCUUCCAUGUUCUGCAGCCCAACCCCACUGGCCAACAGCUGCAACGAGCCCUGUGUGCGCCAGUGCCAGGACUCCACAGUGGUGAUCCAGCCCUCUCCCGUGGUGGUGACCCUGCCUGGACCCAUCCUCAGCUCCUUCCCCCAGAACACCACUGUGGGAUCCUCAGCAUCUGCAGCUGUUGGGAGUGCUCUCAGUGCAGGAGGAGUCCCCAUCUCCUCUGGCAGCUCCUUGGGAUUUGGGAGCCUUGGUUAUCCUGGCCUGGGCAGUGGGUACAGCCGACCCUACCGCCGCUACAACACCUACCGCAGUGGCUUCAAUGGGCCGUGCUAGAGCAUGA